AUGAAGUCGUUGCUGAUGGAAGCGUACUAUAAGGGACAACAAGAGCUGCUUUUUGUCGUACCGUUCAUCGCGAAAAUCAUCGUUUCGUGCAGUAAGAGCGGUGUGUUCAGUGCGGAUUGUGCGUGGAUACGUGCCAUAAUGCGUAUAUUAGCCGAGUUGCACAAUGAACCGGAUUUGAAGCUGAAUUUGAAAUUUGAAAUAGAAGUGUUAUGCAAAGAACUGAGUAUCGAUCUACGAGCAGUUAGUAUUGAGGGUGUGCUCAAAGACACUGAACGCUUGCUUCGAGUACCACAGCAGUUGAGUGACCUCAAGAUGCUGAAACAACCUGAAAUGCACAUUGGUACAUCACCUGUGGCUGGCGUACGUCUGGGCGCAGAUGGAACUGUGGAAACUGGAGCAGGAACACCGCGACAAAUAUCAACGCCUGUUAGUGAGAUUGAAACAGUGGGCGUAGCAUCGCAACCAGGCGUUACCGUUGCUGCAAGUCAGGCACAAAGUGUUGCACAACAACUGCAACCAUCUGCACAUUUCCAUUACCAUGAUAUCAACGUGGUAUCGUUCGAUGGCCUUGUGCCGCAUCUUAAACUGUCUGCUUCGUUACCGCUCUUCCAGAUGAAUCCUCAACUGAAACAUGUCGUACGACCAGCCAUAAGUCACGCAAUCAAGGAACUGAUUGGACCGGUCGUUGAGCGCGCUAUCAAAAUCGCUAUGCACGUCACGGAGCAUAUUUGCAAAAAGGUUAUCUUACACUUACUCUCCGUCUUUUUUGACUUUUAUGAUUAUUAG